CGCCGGGGAGCGCGUAGCACCGCUGUGUCCGGAGAAGGCUGGUUCAUUCCACCACUGUGGGACACCAGGUGCUGAACCCAGAGAACUGCCAUGAAACCACCCUUGAAGCAAUGGAGACAACUAAUGCUUUGUGGGAUAUUUACUUGGGGGCUCCUCUUCCUGGUGAUUUUCAUUUACUUCACCGACAGCAACCCUGCUGAGCCCGCCCCCAGCUCCCUUGCCUUCCUGGAGACUAGGAGGCUCUUGCCUAUGCAGGGGAAGCAGAGGGUCAUCAUGGGUGCCAUGCAGGAGCCCUCCUGGCCUGAAAGUGUGAAUACAAACAAGGGGCUGCUGGAUGGACACACCAUGGGGCCUCGCGACCUGCAGAAAUGGGCCAAGUUGCCAGAUGGGGUUGAAAAUGAAGAGUUCUUUUUAUCCCAGAUUGGGAGAAAAUCCCAAAGUACCUUCUACCCAGAAGACGACGACUACUUUUUUGCUGCCGGUCAACCAGGGUCUCACAGCCACACUCAAGGGACACUGGAGUCCCUUGCCCCCAGGCACGCUGGCAGGUGGAAGGGGUGGUUGCCAGAGAGGAAAAGGUACCAGCCCCAGGGCAGCAGCCCCGCGCUGGAGGAGGGCGAGGAAGGAGACAGGCUGUACUCCUCCAUGUCCAGGGCCUUCCUGCACCGGCUCUGGAAGGGCACUGUCUCCUCCAAGAUGCUCAAUCCACGCCUGCAGAAGGCCAUGAAGGACUACCUGGCGGCCAACAAGCACGGAGUGCGCUUCCGCGGGCGGCGCGCGGCCGGGCGGAGCCGGGCUGCCCUGCUCCAGCUGCACCCCAAAGGCCUGCGCUCCUGCGCUGUGGUCAUGUCAGCCGGCGCCAUCCUCAACUCCUCCUUGGGGGAGGAGAUAGAUUCUCAUGAUGCAGUCUUGAGAUUUAACGCGGCUCCCACCCGUGGCUAUGAGAGAGAUGUUGGGAAUAAAACCACUGUGCGCAUCAUUAAUUCCCAGAUUCUGACCAAUCCCAACCAUCACUUCAUUGACAGUUCAUUAUAUAAAGAUGUCAUUUUGGUGGCCUGGGACCCUGCUCCUUAUUCUGCAAAUCUUGACCUGUGGUACAAGAAGCCAGACUACAACCUGUUCACACCAUAUGUUCAGCAUCGUCAGAGGAACCCAGAUCAGCCCUUCUACAUUCUUCACCCUAAAUUUAUAUGGCAGCUUUGGGACAUCAUCCAGGAGAACACCAAGGAGAAGAUUCAGCCCAACCCACCAUCUUCUGGCUUCAUUGGAAUCCUCCUCAUGAUGUCCUUGUGCAGUGAGGUGCACGUGUACGAAUACCUCCCGUCCGUCAGGCAGACGGAGCUGUGCCACUACCACGAGCUGUACUACGACGCGGCCUGCACACUCGGGGCCUACCACCCCCUGCUCUACGAGAAGCUGCUGGUGCAGCGCCUGAACACUGGCGCCCAAGGGGACCUGCACCGCAAGGGCAAGGUGGUUCUGCCAGGGCUGCGGGCCGUGCACUGCCCCACCCCCAACUCUUGAAAAGGGACUCUGGGGAACCAAUGUGCAAUAAGUACUACUGUUGUGCUCUAAGUCACAAAAGAAUACUUGAACAUAUAUUUUAGGCAAUGUAGUCUUGAGUCUUUAAACUGCAAUUUAGUGAGGGCCUCGAGAAUUCUUCUCUUUUUAAGCCCUUGAGUAUUUAUUGCUGCUUUGAAUAUAGUAAUGGAAUUGAAAGGGGAAAAAAGACCAAGAAAGAUGCACAAAAAAGAAUAGCUGGGAGAAAAGAAAAUGUAUAACAGAACUGCUAAGCUUUUUCCACGCUGUGGGCACAGCUUAUCAGGGCUGAUGUCAGUGACAGGGCUGAUGCCUGCAACACUAAAAAAAGGUUUAUACCUGGAAGCACGAACAUUGAGGCAAGUGUUUGCAGCAUCACAUGUCACUUGUGUGGACAUUCAACAGAAAAGAUUCUAGAGUUUGUGACGAAUAUCUGACUUGCCACUCAGCUGUGUUUAUUUUAAUAUCAGGAAUUUAGGAUUCCUGUGAGGUGCCUGUGUUUCCAAACCAUUGCAUUCGCCAUCUGUGCUUCCCACGGCCACGAGUGAUUUGCUCUGUGUCAAGACACAUUUCUGAAACCAUAGAGCAUCCAUGUCAAGCAGGGCAAGAACAAUCCAGCCUAGAAUAGCACACAGAGAUGUAGUUUUCCUCCAGGAUUUUCUUAUCAACUGGGAGUAUCCCCCAUAUGGAAGGAGCAGCACUGGUGAGUAGCACAGAGUAACGAGGCUGCAGGGUAGCCCUGCAUGGGAUGUUUCCUGGCCCCAGCACUCUGCCUUGAACCUUCUCACCAGCCAGCCCUCCCCAUGGCCUUCCUAGUCAUAUACAGGACAGUGAGGACACACCUAUGGGAGAGGGUGCCUUCCAACCCAGAAGGAGGGGUUUUGGAGCAGUAACCCCCUGCUAUUGGGAUGCACAUCUUUGUCUUUUAUGAGGAUUUCUUGCAGGUUAGUAUCAGCUGUUGGAAACCUGAUACUAAUUCUUCCUACAGAUGGACAGAUGGACGUUUAGGAAUCCUGUCCUCAUUUUCACAGAUGUGUUUUAUGUCAGCAACAUAACAAAGCCAUAUAGUUAAAUAAGAUGGUGUGAAAGCGUGGCUCUUUAGCAACAAGGAAAACAUGUAUCUGCUUCAGGGGAAAGACGGUUGGAGGGGAAAUGGUCACCCAAUGCAUUGGCUAUAUUCAGGGGUUUUUUUUACUUAAUCUAAACUUUGGUCACUCAUACAUUGAAAAACAGAUUUUGAUAUGAACAUAGUUGAACAGGAACAUUUGAAAUACUUUAAUUAACAUGGCAUUAUUUCAAUAUGCAACCAAGACAUAUUUCGCUGGUCUGUUUGGCACUUCUUUGCAAUGACCGCAGCAGUUUAAUUAGUGCAUUCUCCCUCAAGAGUGUGUGAAUGGCAGGAGGUUUUAUGGAAAGUUUUUUUGUUCCAGAUUGCUUUUUCCUGAGCCUUCUCAGGACUGCUUUCUUGAGCAAGAGUGAUUUACAGAAACGGAUGACUAUUUGGCUCAUCUCAGCAGAAAUCCAAAUGGAUAGAAGCCUCCUAUAGACAUCUUUACUGUAAUAGUGAAGUAACUGCAAGUUUAAUGUGGCAGUGUCCAAGAAAGUCCCUGUGAGAGCUUCGUUUCUGUAUCCAUGAGAAGGGAUGGGUAAUUUUGUUCUGCACAUUAGCUUAUGUCUGAGUAGACCUGAUCAAGCGCUUUCUUCCUUAUUUCCUGAAAGAGCUCAGUCUUGUCCCAUGUUUAGUGGGUCAUGGGUUCAGUGAUGCUGGAUGCUGGUGAAGUAGCGCUGGUGCAGCCAGCAGUCUUCUUGCAGUCCUGAUCCCAGCCCCCUGGCUCUGCCCUCACAUGCAGAGAAUGGAGGUUCCCCAGUCGUCCUCAUGAGCCCUUACCACAUCCUGUCACCAGAACAACCCCCUUGGAUGGCUGGAGAGGUUGGUUAGAGGAAAAUGUAUUGGGUCAAUGUAAAUACUCAAGUUCCAAAGCCCCAGAAAACACUUCAAAGAUUUUUAAAUUGCAUUAUGUUGUAACGCAUAUACUUUUAAAAAGUGCUUUCUAUCUCACUGAAAUGAUAAGAAAGAUUGAAGGAUAUAGAGGAAGUUUAAUUAAAAUCUUUGAAUUUAUUAUGGUCUUGACUCUUGGGAAUCACUCUUGGGAUGACUCUUGGGAUUUGUUAAACAUUCCAAAAAUGUGGUACACAUAUUAAUAUAGCAUGGGCUGGGCAUUCUUCAAUUUAGAAGUUUAAAUUGUUUAGCCUCUCAAAAUGUUAGGCAGUUGGAGUUAGCAUGAUGACUGCUUUGAGGAUUAGCCAAAUGGGUCUUAAGUGCAGUAUUUGGCCAGACAUUGAUUAAGUCCUUACAGACUACAUAUGCACUGCAGUAAAGCACACAGGCCUUUUGUGGCAUAGUUGAUAAUAAACGGUGCCCCACUGCAUUUUUUCCAGGUCCUGCCCCUUCUAAACCCUCCAUCCUCCUCUGUGAAGGGACACUGAUCAAGUCCCCAUAGUGCAACCCGAGGCCACUGGUCCCUUGUUUCACUCUCAGGAUGAACAAGAUCACAUUGCUAUUGAUAUUUCAUGAUCUUUUCACUUGAUCUUUUUUUGAUUUUGUUGUUGUAAUCACAAAGAAACAACUGUUGGCAAAGGAUGACAACUCACCUUCAUCUAGAUUCUCCCUACCUCCUUUCACCAGUCCCUCCAGGUGUGAGGGUAAGGUGUAGCAGAUAGAGAGUUCUGUGUCCAUGGAAGGCAGUGCUGGCCCUGUGAGUCUGACCCUCCCCUCAGUCCAUUCAGCGCUGCUUUUCUCAAGAAAUAACCCUUUUCGGUGGCAGCACUUCCAUCACAGAAUUAACCAGGUCCCAUUGGGCCACCUUACGUGGGAUCAAUCUCACAUGUGCCAUGGGAUGUGACAGGAGGAUUUUAUAUGUAGGUGGACUCAGCCUCAUAUGCAUCAUGGUAUGUGAUGGGAGAAUUUCGGUGUAGGUGGGGUCAGCUUCACACACGUCACGGUAUGUGAUGUCUGCACAGAUGACUGGAUUCAGGUCUCCGGAGACACAUGGCACAGUGCAUGUUUGGGCUGGUGGCCAAAGUCACCUGGCUCAUUUUUGCUUAGCUAUGGAAAGAAACGGGAGAGGAAGUGGGAGGAUUAUGGAGAAAUACAUGACUAAAUAUAUAGGCCAAUAGCCUCUGCAUAUGCUCUACCGCACUAUCUGUGUGACUUCUCACAUUCUGGUAGUUUAGAGCUCUACCCAGUGGUUGCACAGCUGGUAAAGGCAGCUGCAUUUAGAAAUGAAUUGCUUGCAUAAAAUGUGCUUGAGUUCAAAUUUGUUUGUAUACUCUGGAUAUUUCUAUUGUGAAAAACAUUUUGCAUGUUUUUUGUCACUGGGACUUUACACAAUUGGGAAAUGAAAGGUAUUUCUGUUAAUUCAAGGAUAAAAUGUAAGUGCUGGUUCUUGUUUUAUUGAAUGAGUGAAGCCUUUUAGUAAGAAAAAAUAAUCCAGCAUAUUCCUCUACAAGUUUGGGCCAGUGGAAUUUAAAGAAUUAGUUCUCACUCCUGUUAUAAAAGUGUGCAUAUGAAUAUAGUUAUAUAAUUGUAUAUACACAUAUCUACAUACAUGGUUGGAUUUAUAUUAUCUUUUUUCAUCAAACUUUAUCUCGAAACCUUUGUAAUACAUCCUAUUUUAAUUAUGAAAACACUAGUUGUUGUUGUUGUUGUUUUAUUUUGCUAAUCC